GUCAAUUCCACAGGGGUCACCACGCGGCAGAACUCACUUGCUUGCCUGUGCGCCGAACUUGCUGAACUACCCGUUGUGCGGUCGACGGCCUCUUAUCUACUUUUUCGUAUUCCUCCUUUAUGGAUGAAUCAAUCUGCACUGUCCCCCCGAUCUGAUUGUCAAUCCGCAACUGCCGGUCAGCCGACUUCGGGUCCUCUUCCAACUCCGUGUCCGUUCGAACCAACCCUCGAGAAACGUCGCCUCUCUCGCCUCGUCAACUUCCGUAGCGAUGGUCUUAUGAAACCCCCCUACCUCCCCCUUUCUCGAGUAUAUGCGCGUUGCUACUUUGUCGCUCGUUAUCCCACCCGUACCAACUCGCACCGCGGACUCGAUAAACGACGAUGCCCCAUUCUACGAGCUCCGGCUCCUACCCCAGAGAUUCCUCCGUCCCGCGGCCCGGCUCCAAGCACCCGGGAGAGCGUGAUGGCGACCCUAGCUCCGGCUUGGAGAAGUUCCCGGAUCACGUCGACUCGCCGUCAAUGCGCGCUAAUGGCUCGAGGUCUAUAAGUCCGGCUGGAUUGAACGCAUAUGGUGUGGGAUUGAGCGGAGGACCUCAGCUGAACGGAGAUCGCUGGCAGCCGCGCAGGGACCUGUCCGAGUCCAGAGGAGUGCGCUGGGGAUCUCCCUUGGGCCCCUCUGCCGGUCUCGCUCGAGGCCAUGGGCAGCAGAAGAGCAUUAGCGAAGCUUUCCGCACUAUCAGAGGCAGGAACAGCAGCGUGAGCCAGAAUGCCCACGAAAUAGCGGAUGCGCUGCGGGCGCCGAUAUCUCCCAAGCUCGUUAUCCUCUGUAUAAUGUGGUAUAUGUCUUCUGCCUUGACCAAUACCUCUUCCAAGUCCAUACUAAACGCCUUCCCCAAACCUGCCACCUUAACCCUGAUCCAAUUCUUCCUGGUCGCCUUCUACUGUAUAACGUCGUCGUGGCUCGCAACUAUAUUCCCCCGCCUGCGCGACUCGAUCCCAGCCCUGAAGAAUCCCAUUCGUCACCCGUCGAGGGAUGUCAUCUUGACCACGCUACCCCUAGCCGCAUUCCAGAUAGGCGGCCAUCUGCUCAGCUCCACGGCGACCUCUAAGAUCCCGGUUUCUAUGGUGCAUACUGUAAAGGGGCUCUCGCCGUUAUUUACCGUCUUCGCCUACCGGUUCAUCUUCGACAUACGAUACCCAAGAACGACGUAUUUUUCGCUGAUACCGCUGACUCUCGGAGUCAUGCUCGCGUGUUCGUCGAAUCACACCUUCAAAGGCGAGAUACUCGGCAUCGUCUGUGCUCUCCUCGCGACUAUCAUCUUCGUUACGCAGAACAUCUUCUCCAAGAGGCUUUUCAACGAGGCUGCGAAAGCGGAAGCGGACGGGCAAGCAGCCAAGUCUCGAAAGCUCGACAAGCUUAACCUUUUGUGCUAUUCGUCGGGCUUGGCCUUCCUGCUUACGUCACCCAUUUGGUUCUGGAGUGAAGGAAUCGGCCUAAUCAAGGAUUUCUACCACGAUGGUUCGCUGGAUAUCUCAUCACAACCCGACACCUUCGACCACGGGCGAUUGGCGCUCGAGUUCCUUUUUAACGGGACCUUUCACUUCGGGCAAAACAUCCUAGCUUUCAUCUUGCUAUCGCUUGUGUCUCCCGUCACGUACUCGGUUGCAUCACUCAUCAAGCGAGUGUGGGUCAUUGUGGUUGCGAUCCUCUGGUUUCGCAACCCCACAACUCCGAUCCAAGCUGUGGGUAUCGCGCUCACUUUCCUCGGUCUAUAUCUGUACGACCGGACAAACAACAGCAACAAGGCCGAUCGCCGCGCACGUAUGCUGAGCCAGAGCGCAGGACGAGAUCAGCCACUUCUACCACUCACCACCAACCAAGCGACGAUGUCCGGCCAGAUGCCGCAGGUGUUCGAGAGCCCGAUUUCGGUCUCCAACGGAUCAACCCCCCAUCCGUACACCAAUGGAUACGCCCCACAACCCAAUUCCGGGGUGGACGACUCGAAGAAGAGCGAUGACGUAGGCAAGGGCCGACAGCGGGGGAACAGCAACGCAGCCUGGCUUCCCCGGGGCACGAGGCAAGAGGAGACGUGGAGAUACGGAGACAGGGUCAAAGCUGCUCCCUAAUAUAUGUAAUAUUUUGGGCCGUCCGCGGCAUGGUAUAUGGUGGACGAAGGCUUACGAUGCAUGGACAUGGACGAAAUACGUAGACGAUUUGUUGCUUGGCUACCUUACCACACCCGAAGCCAUCGAAGCCAUCGCUGCGACCACCUCGUGGGUAGAGCUGAGUUCGUAAGCUGGAGCUGGCAAGGCGUGGAGCGGACCGGAAGUCGGAAAGCGGCCGGUUUAGUAGUGUACAGGCACCCUGACAUGUCAACGGGAUGCCAUUUCGCCAGGGAGUUCGGGGUCAUGUACGGGAUAAUGGAUACCACGUUGUUCCGGGUCAGAGGCCCGGGUCAGGUGGCUGGGGG